GGAACCCUUGUAGUAGGCUGCCGUGGAGUGGGGUUAGUCUGCUUAUUCGGCUCUCUGUAGCGUGUGAUCUGCUUCUUCCCCACAGAAAGGGCUUGUCCCAGUCAGCCUUGCCCUACAGACGCAGCGUGCCUACGUGGCUGAAACUUACUUCUGAUGAUGUAAAGGAACAGAUCUACAAGCUGGCUAAAAAAGGCCUGACUCCCUCACAAAUUGGUGUGAUCCUGAGGGAUUCCCAUGGUGUUGCCCAGGUUCGCUUUGUUACUGGCAACAAAAUUUUGAGAAUCCUUAAAUCGAAGGGACUGGCCCCAGACCUUCCAGAGGAUCUCUAUCACUUGAUUAAGAAAGCUGUUGCUGUUCGCAAACAUCUUGAGAGAAACAGAAAGGAUAAAGAUGCCAAGUUCCGCCUGAUUCUGAUUGAAAGCAGAAUCCAUAGGUUGGCUCGCUACUACAAAACUAAGAGAGUGCUGCCGCCCAAUUGGAAGUAUGAAUCAUCAACAGCUUCUGCACUGGUAGCAUAAGAGCUGGAUACGACUUACUGAAAGAAUAAAUUUUCAUUGACUAA